AUGGUCAAGAUAUUUGCCAUUGGAGUUACUGGCUGGGUUGGUAAUGCAAGCGCUCGCGCGAUUGCAGCUGCGCACUCCGACUACGAGUGGACGGUCCUUAUCCGCAACAAAACGAAAGAAGACAGUGUGAAGCAAUACCUGCCCCAAGGAACACUGCUCGUGAUCGGAGACUUUGACAGUCACGACAUCAUCUCCUCUUCGGCAGCUACUGCAGAUAUAGUCAUAAACUGGGGCAGCAGCGACCAUGAGCCGCUCACCAAAUCCAUCAUCGACGGCAUGAAUAAGAACAAGUCCACCUGCUACCUGAUCCACACCUCAGGCUGCGGUAUACUUACGGAUGAGGUUGCCAGGACAGGGACCUACGGCCAGGCUACCACCAAGGUCUACGACGACUGGGACAAUGCAAGCGACCUCCUCACGCUCCCUCCCGAAGCGCCACACGUGAACAUCGACACCAUGAUCUUAGCGCUCGACCGCGAAGCGCCGCACAUCAAGACGAUGAUCGUCUGCCCUCCCAUUAUAUACGGCAUGAGCCACGCCCAGGACACACAGGAACGUAGCGCAGCACGGCAAUACGUAAACUCCAUCCUAGAUCGCGGAAAGGGCUUCGCGGUCGGUGACGGCAAGGCAAUCGUCAACACGUUACACAUCCUCGACUUAGCAAGCUUCUUCGUCAAGGCUACGGAAGCAGCUGCACAGGGCGGUGGCACCGCAACGUGGGGAGGUGCGGAGUCGUACUACUUUGUGGAAAGCGGUGAGAUGGUCUGGGGCGAAUUCGCGCAAGCUGUUAGCACAGCGGCCUUCGAGAGAGGGCUGCUGGAAACGCCAGAUGUGGACUUUCUGAGCGCAGAGGAGGCGAUGAAGAUUGAUCCGAUUAGCAAGAUUGGUUACGGCUCCAGUGCGCGGUCCAAGGCUGUCCGCGCUUAUAAGACUCUUGGUUGGGAGCCGCAGAUGCUUGGGAUCUAUGAGGAUUACCUUUCGAACUGGAGAUUCAAGGCGGGCGAACCGCACCUGUUCGUGUAA